AACAGUUCGCACUCUCCCUCCACUAACACACAACGGCCGGACUCACUUAUUCAUCAUGGACGCCACUACCUCUUCCUGUGGUAUUUUCCUUGAAACUCUCUGAUCAUACUCCUUUGAUGAAGACUAAUCACAGUUUGUAGCGCAAGACACCGCAGCGGAGGAAGUCUCACGAUGCUCCAGCCCGGCCUCGAUCAUAUACACUCCUGCUAUGGCGAACGAGGAUUUGAUCGCUGCGAGGAACGUCCAGGCUUCAGAGAUCGAGCUUUACAUGCGACUUCUGGACGAUAUCUGCCUCGAAAGGCUUUCACAGCUGGCCGAGGCUGAAGACCGCGCGCGCUCCGCUUCAUAUAAUGCGACUCCUCACCAAGCUGGCUCGACUGGAGAAGCUCUAAACCGCCCGACACAACCAAGCAUGUUAGGUCGUCAAUUUGGCUCCGCUCUGCAAGGAAACCCUCCCCAGCAGAACCAGGCUCCCGCCAAUGAUGACAACGUCAAUUGCGUCCUCUGCUCCGGCUGUGCCAACUGCCGCGACUGCGUGAGCUGCUCCAACUGCCUCCGAUGCAAGGAUUGCGUCAAUUGCUCCAACUGUGUCGACUGCACCGACUGCGUCAAUUGCUCUGACUGCGUCGGCUGCUCUAACCUCGUCAACCGCAGCGGAGCGCGGAAUGAGCACGGUUAGGCAUGUGACCUGACCUCACGAUAGAGGCCUGAGGGUCUCCAGCCUCAUGGAUACCUACACGGCUUCUUACACUUCGACCUCAUACAUGUUGGCGGAGUUCACUAUUGCAUUCGACGUUGAUGGCGUUGAUGGCGUUUCAUGGAUCAGCCUUGGCACAUCAAAGGCGUGCCGGCUGCGAGAUACCCAGUGUCUUUUCCCUCCGAUUUGGUAGGCAGUCAAAUGAACGCCGUGCCUCGAGAGGCCUCU